UUGGAAACUGUUCCACUCAACGGGCAUAGUUGAGUCGUUUGUGCGGUCAAACUAUCGCGUUCGAAAUUCGAAAAGCAGUGGGGGUGCGGCUGAUUGGCUCGUUUCGCUUGAUACUGUGUGUAACGAUUCGGCCGCGGGCGGUCGAGCGUAGCGCGCUAAACGGAGCUUUUUCUAAUAAGCAACACGAGUGCGAAUGACUUACUCGUUUUAAAUUUAAUAAUAUAAUAAUAAACGGUAAUAAAAAAAUAAUAUAUUAUGUGUAUUUUAAUCAUCAAUGGCAAUAAUCAAAUGUUACAGUGAAGAUAACUAUUGAGUGCCAGUGUUAAUUUUACUAAAUAAAAAAAAAAAACGAACAACAUGUCAUCAGUGCAUUCAGAUGAUGAUCAAGAAGAGAUAAACGUAGACUCGGAUAGUAGACUAUCAGGCCAAUGUGACAGAAGUAUAGGUUCCGAUGAUAGAGAUUCCGAACACAGCUACCACGAUAGGUAUCAUGAUUCUCCAAAUGACCAUAUGACUGAUACACAACCUAGAGUAAAUUUACCCUUCAGCAUAUCUCGACUCUUAGGGAAACAAUUCGAAGAUAUAGACAAACGGCGAAAUUCUAGAGAGAGUGAUGAGAGAAGUGACCAAGACACUGAAUCGGAAAGUGCAAAGGACGAUACUAAAGACAAUACAAGUUUACCGUUAAAUUUUGCUCACAACCCCGGUCUCUAUCCUAAUUCCGGUCUAUUAUUGAGACCGGGUUUAGGAUUAGGAGCUGGAUAUGGAUUUUCUAGUAAUCCUGGAGUAGUAAGAGUGCCGGCACAUAGGGCUUUGGGAGCAUUAGGUGCUUGGGGUGUGGCGCUAGAUCCUAUGAGGCAAGCUGCAGCAGCCGCGUUUGCACACCAAGUGGUUAAGGAUAGAUUAAAUGCAUCAUUCCCUAUCACGAGGCGGAUUGGACACCCGUACCAGAACAGAACGCCUCCAAAACGGAAGAAACCCAGAACCUCAUUCACCAGGCUUCAAAUAGCAGAGUUAGAGAAAAGAUUCCACAAACAGAAGUACCUGGCGUCAGCGGAGAGAGCGUCACUAGCGAAAACUUUGAAAAUGACAGAUGCGCAAGUGAAAACGUGGUUUCAGAACCGACGGACUAAGUGGAGACGCCAGACUGCUGAAGAACGCGAAGCUGAGCGUCAAGCGGCUAAUCGCUUGAUGCUCUCUCUCCAAGCUGAAGCGUUAAGCAAAGGCUACAUGCCUGAACCACCACCAGGGGCAGCUCCGCUAUCAGCGCUUCAUUACCAACCUCCUAGUAACACUGCACCAGCGCCACCCACAAAUACAGCGUUAAGCGCUUUACAAAACUUACAGCCCUGGGCUGGAAACCAGAAUGGAUUUUUGAACGCCCAGGCAGCGACAGCACCACCACCUCAUCCACCACCCGUCGCUUCACCUAUAUGUUGAAAUUUAACACAAUUUUAUAUCGGAAUAGUCACGUGAAAACUUGGGUCAAGUUCUGUAUAAAAGAUGUUAUAAUCCCCAUAUUAAUAAGUCACGAGAUCCGCUCUCAAUUGUAA